GAAGAAGAAGGUUCUGUUUCAGGAAGUUGUAACAGGAAUAAUUAUGUGGCUAACGUUGUCGUUGGUUAAAUAGUUUUUGUGAUGAUUAAUUCAAACGUUAACUUUGUGGGCAAUGCAUGAACAUUCACACAGCUUACAAUAUGGCUAAUAUAGCAAGGACCGGAGACAUUAUCCAUUUAAACGUUGGAGGAAAAAGGUUCAGCACCUCCAGACAGACAUUGACAUGGGUCCCAGACUCCUUUUUCUCAAGUCUUCUAAGUGGGAGGAUCUCAACCUUGAAGGAUGAAACUGGAGCGAUCUUCAUAGAUCGGGACCCAUCUCUCUUUACUCCCAUACUGAACUUCCUGCGUACCAAAGAGUUGUUUCCCAGGUCUAUAAAUGUGCACCUGCUCAUGCAUGAAGCGGAGUUCUAUGGAAUCACUCCGUUGGUGCGUAAGCUGCAGCUUUGUGACGAACUGGACCGAUCUUCCUGUGGAAACGUGCUCUUCAAUGGCUAUCUGCCGCCUCCAGUGUACCCGGCGAAGCGGAGAAACCGUCACAGUGUGGCGGGACCUCAGUAUAUGGUGGGCUGUGCCUUGCCCAUGGAGAGGGCUCCAGUGAGACGCAGCAACACCAUGCCACCCAACCUGGGCAACGCGGGCAUACUGGGUAAAGCAACGAUUGAGGAGAGGAUAAGUGGUGCUCAGCUUGCAGACCCAGGCAUGGUCCGCAUCAUCUGUGGCCACCACAACUGGAUCGCUGUGGCUUAUGCCCAGUUUGUUGUUUGCUACCGAGUGAAGGAGUCUACGGGCUGGCAGCAAGUGUUCACCAGUCCCCGCCUGGACUGGGUGAUUGACAGGGUGGCACUCAACGCCAAGGUGAUGGGCGGCUCCCUGGGAGACAACGACAAGAUGGUGGCCGUGGCCUCGGGCACAGAGAUCAUCCUCUGGACUAUCUGUCCCGACGGCAACGGCAACGAGAUAGGUGUGUUCAGUCUGAAUGUCCCCGUGGAGGCUCUCUUCUUCGUGGGGAACCAGCUUAUUGCCACCAGCCACACAGGGAAAGUGGGAGUAUGGAAUGCAGUGACCAAACAUUGGCAGAAUCAAGAUGUGGUUCCCAUUAAUAGCUAUGAUACUGCCGGAUCCUUCCUCAUUCUAGGCUGUAACAAUGGGUCCAUAUAUUAUAUAGAUGUUCAGAAGUUUCCAUUGAGGAUGAAGGACAAUGACCUCCUAGUGACAGAGUUGUACCGUGACCCCACGGAGGACGCCAUCACUGCUCUCAGUGUCUACCUCACGCCCAAAACAAUCCCCAAUGUGUCGUCAGGCGACAGCGGCAACUGGAUCGAGAUCGCCUACGGGACCAGCUCGGGCACGGUGCGGGUCAUAGUGCAGCACCCGGAGACCGUGGGCUCUGGGCCCCAGCUCUUCCAGACCUUCUCAGUCCACCGUAGCCCCGUCACCAAGAUCAUGCUCUCUGAGAAGCACCUCAUAUCAGUGUGUGCAGACAACAACCACGUGCGGACCUGGACGGUGACUCGCUUCAGGGGCAUGAUCUCCACCCAGCCAGGCUCCACCCCCCUCACCUCCUUCAAGAUCCUCUCUCUGGAGGACAUCGACGGCCACGGGGGCUGUGCUGCCGGCACUGAGAUAGGUCCGUAUGGCGAGCGAGACGACCAGCAGGUGUUUAUCCAGAGGGUCGUCCCCGACACAGACAAACUCUACGUGCGCCUCUCGUCCAACGGGAAGAGGGUGUGCGAGGUGCGCUCUGUGGACGGCACCUCCAUCACCUCCUUCAUGGUGCACGAGUGCGAGGGGUCCAGCCGCAUCGGCUCACGCCCCCGCCGCUACCUCUUCGGUGGCCACGCCAACGGUAGCAUUCAGAUGUGGGACCUGACCACCGCCAUGGAGAUCGCAGGGAAAGUGGACAUCAGGGCGCUGGGAGGCCCCACAGAGGAGGAGCUCCUGGAGCUGCUGGACCAGUGUGACCUGGCUCUGACCCGUACGCCCGACAUGAGUCCCGCUGCCUCCUUCACCCACUCCUCCACCCCCCGAGCCUCCACCUCCAGUUUGCAGUCCCAGCUGAGUGAGAGCUCCAGAGAGCGUGGGACCAGAGGUGGUGUGAGCAGCUCGGGUCCCUUCUCUGGUAGCCUGCCCCGCCAGGCCCCUCCGGUGCCCCUCACCAAGCCCCGGGACAUGGCUCUCUCCAUGGCAGGGUUGGGCAUCCAGCCCCACCACCUGGGUCUGAGCCAGGCCUCCCUCAGCAGCAGUGGCAGCCCCCGGCCCGGCCGCACCGUCCCCCAGGACAGAGACCGGGACGGUGGCAUCGGUUCUCUGCGCAGGGGUAGUUUUGUUGAGCGUUGUCAGGAGCUUGCCAAGGUCUCGGACUCUGCAGGAGGGGCGGAGGGGGGAACGCGGCGCAGCCUGGCUGUAUGCUCGGAGUUGGAGGCUAGACUGGGCCUACGGACCCCCGCUUCUUUCUCCAGCCCCCCUGCAGCCUCCCCAACUUCAUCGCCGCGCCGGCCGCAGCCCACCUCACCCAGCCCUGCCCCUGCUACAAUCGUCAGUCCAACCCGCUCCCAGACCCCCGUGUCGCCUCGUCGAGCUGACACCUCCCCUACUACAGAAGUCCCGCCCCCUGAGGCUGCAGCAGCCACUCCAGAGAGCUCCUCCCCUGUGCCCCCCACCAGUUCUAAACCCCCUAUGAAUGAGACGAGCUUCUGACUGGCUCGGUGAUGUAUGAGUGAGUGGACAAACAAUGGACGCUUUUGGUGUUUCUGAGCAUGUGUGGUUUAGUGACGGCACCUAUUGUCGCAUUUAUGGACAUUUCCUAUCAAGGACACAUAUCAAAUGUCAUUCCUCUGUUUUCAAAAGAGUCAUAUACAACAUAUAUCCAAACUGUCAAUGUGUUGAUGAUACACAUUGUAAAUCUAGCCAUGUAUACAGUUGUUCGGUUGCAUUUGGUAGAGCAGUCCAUUUCAUUAAAUUACACUGAACAAAAAUAUAAAUGCAACAAUUUCAAAGAUUUUACUGCGUUACAGUUCAUAUAAGGAAAUCAGCCAAUUUAAAUGAGGCCCUAACCUAUGUAUUUCACAUAGCUGGGAAUACAGAUAUGCAUCUGUUUGUCACAGAUACCUUAAACAUUUUUGUAGUGUGGUCAGAAAACCAGUGAGUAUCUAGUGUGACCACCAUUUGCCUUAUGCAGCACAACACAUCUCCUUCGCAUAGAGUUGAUCAGGCUGUUGAUUGUGGCCCGUGGAAUGUUGUCCCACUCCACUUCAAUAGCUGUGCGAAGUCGCUGGAUAUCGGCAGGAACUGGAACACGCUGUUGUACAAAAUCGAUCCAGAGCAUCCGAAACAUGCUCAAUGAGGGACAUGUCUGAGAAUGCAAGCCGUGGAAGAACUGUGACAUUUUGUGUACAGGUCCUCGCAACAUGGGUCAGUGUAUUAUCAUGCUGAAACAUGAGGUGAUGGAGGCAGAUGAAUGGCAUGACAAUGGGCCUCAGGAUCUCGUCACGGUAUCUCUGUGCAUCUCUGUGCAUCCGUGCAUCCGCUGGUGGGCUCAUAGUAAUGGCUGGAAUGGAAUAAAUGGAACUGUAUAUAACAAAUCAAAUAUGAAAACCACAUGUUUGACUCCGUUCCAUUUCUUCCAUUCCAGCCAUUACAAUGCGUCCGUCCUCCUGUAGCUACUCCCACCAGCCUCUAUUGCCGUGCACUCAAAUUGGCAUCGAUAAAAUGCUCUUUUGUUUGUUGUCCGUAGCUUAUACCUGCCCAUACCGUAACCCCACUGCCACCAUGGGGCAAGCCUCUCGCCUACACAACGCCCUACACCCUGUCUGCCAUCUGCCCGGUGCAGUUGAAACCGGGAUUAAUCUGUGAAGAGCACACUUCUCCAGUGUGGCCAUCGAAAGUGAGCAUUUGAGAUUUUUUUUAGGAUGAGCACGCAAAUUAGCUUCCCUGAAGCAGAAAUGGUAUUCGGUUGUGCAAAACCACAGUUUCAUCAGCUGUCCAGGUUGGCUGGCCUCUAAACGUUUCUGAUAUCCUCUACAGAUUUCUCUUUCAGUCUUCCUGCUUUGCACUACGGUUGGCUUUCUGUACCUUAAAUGAAUCAAUAAGCCUACUGCACACGCAGUAUCAAAUGUAGUGAUGAUUGUUGACGAAGAAUCCGAAUCUAUAGAUAAAUGAUAGACAUUUUAUCAUUCAUAUGUUUAGUUACAUCUGACUAACUUACUGCCAUUUUGGAUCAUUCUUUUUCAAGUCUUCCUCCAGAUCACAACCAGUGCCUCGCGUACCUGUGUUUUAUCUUUUUUUUUUUUAUGGGUUAUGACCAUUUUACUCAAACUUCGUUGCAAGGACAAGCAACUUGAUUGUGGAGUGAUUCUACCAAACGUCGGUAGAGGUCUAUCUCUUUGUGCUUUUUCUGAACCAUUUGAACACUUAGGUGAAUAUUUACAAAAUAUAAACAUGUUUUCACAUGUUUGUGUAUUUAGUGGUUUCUGUCGCAAUGUUAACCGGGUUGAUUGAUAUGUCACUGACAACAACGUAGUUCAGCAGUAUUGCCUGUUGCACCAAUAGCUCAGAUGAAGAGGCGUGUUCAAAUGUCUCUGUUUACUGUCUUGUCUAAUACUUGUCACACUUCUUUUUUUUUUUGUCUUUCACUUUGGUAGCAUUUGUUUUUCCUCUGCAAUUCCAUGAUGUGCCACAUAAAUGAAGCAGAAAGUCA